AUAAAUGUAAAAUAUAUAUAAAACAUAUCAAUAAUUCAUUAACUGCCUAGGUCUCGCCUAAGUCCGCUUUGCGAUAUCUUGAACAUUGGUUCACAUAAUUCGAUUUUAGCUUUCUGUAUUUUAUGGCCAAUCACAAGCUCCUCUCUUAAGUUGACGAAAACAAAAUAUCUGCUAUUUUUCUAAUUUUAAAUGGGAAAAUGGUCAUUUAAAUCAUGAACUUUCAAAUUUGGUUAAAAAAAACAUGAACUUUCACAUGGACCAUUUAAAGCAUCAAUUUCCCUUGAUAAGUCAGUUAAGUCCUCAACUAAUUUUGACUAAGCCAAUUUUAAUAUGUUGUUAGUUCGAUUAACAGAUCGAUUAAACGGGGUUAAUCUCCGCGAAAAUCUCUGUUAAACAUCAAACGACGUCGUUUCGAAAACAUAAGAAAACCCCCAAAUCCCCAAAUUCCCAAUCGAAAUCCCUAAUUCUCAUAUCAAAUCAAAAUCAGACAUUCUCUUCACAAUUUCGUCUCGGAUUCACGAUGAGUUCAUCAUCAGAGAUACAAUAUGGAAGAGAAAACCGUGGGUUUCCAGUGAGGAGUGCGUGUGGUUUACGUGUGAAGCCUUUUCUAUCUAAAACACAAGAGAAUCCAGGAAAACUUUUCUACCGUUGCAUAAGCAAAAAAGAUGGGCAUUUAUUCAAGUGGAUUGAGGAUGCUAUUUGUGAGGAGGUUGAAGAUGUUAUUCCAAAACUUGAAAUCAUUGACAAGGAGAUUAGUACUACCAUAACCGAGGUAGAUGAGCUAAAGGCUUUGAUUGAAGAGUUGAAAGAAGAUAUAGCAAGGAGCAAGAUGGAAAUCAAGAAGGAAGAUGUAGCAAGGAGCAUGGAAAUCAAGAAGUGGAAAGCGUUGAUGAUGUUAGGCUUUGUGGUCACUUGCAUUGUUAGUGUUUGGUAAAGCUAAGAAAGACAAGUUUGCAUUUGACAUUGUUGUGUUUCCGUUUGAUGUAUCUCCUACGUAUGUCGACAUUGUUGUUGUCUUUCAGUUUGCAUUUGACAUUGUUGUGUUUUCGUUUGCAUUUGGUAUGGUAAUGAGACAUGUUUCUUUAAUGGAUUUGUUGUUGAAAACCAUAAAAGCUAAACAUAGAUCAUUUAAACCUCAUAGAUCCAAAAUAAAACUUCAACAAACCAUGAUCCACAACCACAAGAACAUUAGAUAAAAAAGGCUUCACACGCAAACCACACGCACACCUCACUGGAAACCCACGGUUUUCUCUUCCAUAUUGUAUCUCUGACGAUGAACUCAUCGUGAAUCCGAGACGAAAUUGUGAAGAGAAUGUCUGAUUUUGAUUUAAUCUGAGAAUUAGGGAUUUCGAUUGGGAAUUUAGGGAUUUGAGAGUUUUCUUUUGUUUUCGAAACGACGUCGUUUGGUGUUUAACAGAGAUUUUCACGGAGAUUAACCCCAUUUAAUCGAUCUAUUAAUCGAACUAACGACGUAUUAAAAUUGGUUUAGUGAAAAUUAGUUGAGGACUUAAGUGACUUGUCAAGAGAAAUUGAUGCUUUAAAUGGUCCACGUGUU